AUGUCUGAGAAUGAAGGAAAUGAUGGGGAUGGAUUUCCUCAAAACGUCACCAACAAGGAGUUGGCAAAAAUGUUCAAAGAACACCUAGCAAGGAGCAAGAAGAUGGAAAUGGAGUUAGAAAGACUCAAGCAUAGACAAGGGACAAGAAGAUAUGAAGAGGAAUGUGAGGAAGAAGAGGAAGAAGAGGACCCUAGGUCUCAGCUUGAUGGAUUGAAUAUGCUUGCUGAUCAAAGACACUUCCUUGAAGCCCUUGAAAAGGUAGGAAGGAAGGAUAGUAAACCUGAUGUCCCAGUGUUCAUAGGAAAGAUGAAUGUUGAAGAAUGCAUGGAUUGGGUAGAGGCCCUUGAAAACUACUUUGAAUGUGAUGAUACACCUGAGAGUUCAAAGGUGAAGAUUGCAAAAUCAAAGAUGAAGGGACUAGCAUUGAGUUGGUGGAACUUCUUGCAAAAUGAGAGGGUUGAGAACAACAAAGUACCUAUCACCACAUGGAAGAAGAUGUUGGCUGACGUAAAGAAGCAAUUUGUGCCUGAAGACUAUGAAGUUACCCUCCACAAGAAGCUACAUAAUCUGAAACAAAAGGAUAUGGAUUUGAGUACCUAUACAGAGGAGUUUUUUAAACUUUCUUUGAAGACUAAGAUAUCUGAAAAUGAAAAUCAGAAGUUGGCUAGAUAUGUAAAUGGACUGAAAUAUAGCAUUCAGGAUGAGUUAAGUUUGUUUAACCCUGAAUCAGUCCAUAAAUGCCAUCAAAUGGCGUUGAAAAUUGAAGAAAAACAAAGGAAGAGAGGUGAACAAAACAAUAGAGGGGGUAGAGGCAAUCCAAAUUUCAGAGGAAGAGGCAAAUUUCAUGGUAGAGGUUCAUUCCAAAAGCAGCAAGGUGAAGGCAACCAUCAAGAUAUUGAAAAAGAUUCAGGUUAUAGAAGCAAUCCUAGAGGUGGAAGAGGCACUAGAAGAGGCAGAUUUGGAGGUAGGGGCUCUAAUAUCUUUACUGGGAGAUGUUUCUCAUGUAACCAAGUAGGCCACCAAUCAUUUAGGUGUCCUGAGAAAGCAAGCAGCAGUUCAGGCCAGCAAGGAGAAAGAAGAGUGCAACUAGCCCAAGAGGAUGAUCACCAAAGCACCACCUCAUACCAUACUGCCUCAUCAAGACCUGUUGAUCUAGUCAUUGGGGAAUGCAUCAUGUUUAAUAGGUCACUAUUGACACCAAUCAGCAAGGAGCCACCACAAAGAAAGUCUUUAUUCCAGACCACAUGCUUGGUGAAUGGUAAAGUAUGCAAGGUAAUUGUAGAUUCUGGAUCCACUAAAAACUUGGUUUCUACUGAAAUGAUUGAGAAGUUAGGAUUAAAGAAAAUACCUCAUCCUAACCCCUAUAAAGUUUCAUGGUUGAAUAAAGAGCAGCAAACUCUAGUUGAUGAACAAUGUUGGAUAAGUCUUGCAAUAGGUGAAUAUGAAGAUAAGGUUUUGUGUGAAGUAGUGCACAUAGAUGCUUGCCAUCUUCUUUUAGGAAGACCUUGGCAAUAUGACACUAGUGCCCAGCAUGAUGGAAAAAAGAAUGUAUAUCACAUCAAGAAGAAUGGUGACAGUUUCAUAAUGACACCCUUACCAGAUGAGCCAAAGGAGAAGACCUCAACUAACAGUGUGAUGUUGGUGGGAGAAAAGGAGUUCAUGAGAGGGUUGAAGGAAGAGAAGACACUAUGUUUUGUUGUUGUAGUGAAGCCUAAGGAUAGCAAACCCAAAGAAGAGAAAAUCUGA